UUAAUAUAUAUAUAUAUAUAUAUAGUUUAGUAUUUUGAGAGACAUGUGACACUCUUGUUAGUAUAUAUAAUUAUAUAUACUACAUACACGAUCGAUCUGGAAAUUUCUCUAUACGUUAUGUGCCUAGACAAACUUAGUAUUCCAUCCAUAAUUUUUUUCAUGAUGGCCCAAACGAAUCAAGGAUCAGAAUGCCAGCAACGUUAUGUGUUUGUCACGUAUCAUUUAUUUGCGAGUCCACGCCAGAAGAAAACUAGUGUAUUUCACAUUUAUUAUAUUGAUUAAAGAUACUUGAUUAUAACAAGAAAGGGAAAAACAAAUGAUAGACUAACAUGUGACAACUUUCUAAAUUGAGCGAUGAGGUUAAGCUUUUUAUUUAUCUCUAUAGUAUAAUUCGAAAUGAAUGUACGCAAUGAAAACACGAUGUAUAAUAGUCAACAAGUCGAAAGUUGUAUGUUUUAGAAAAUACCUCAAAAAACUGUUACGAUAAGUUUGUACUCUGUAUAGUUCUAAGUCCAAGUUUGGUAUAAACUUCUUCCGCACAUGUGUCUCGUGAUUUCAAACAACCAAUUCAUCCUGUAACAAAUCAAAGACCACGAAAAUAAUUGUUUUAAUUCAACUGUUGCUUUUUUUUCCUCCGGCCUGGUUAACACUAACAUUAUAUCAUUAAACCAUGACACUACAAAUUAAUAACAGCAUCAGGAAAAAUAAAAUAAAAUUAUAUUCCUGCAACAUACAAAUGCAUAAGAAAAAUUCUUAUACUGUAAGCAUUUAAAAUUUUAUAAACUUGAAUGAAUCAUUACCGUUGAAUAAAAUAGUUAGGUUCAUUACCAUGUGGAAAAGUCAAAAACAACUUCUGUAAUAAAAGCAGAACGAAAGACUCGCUCCAUCAGAUGUUCUCCGCAAGACAAUAACAAGAAAAAAAGGUGGAAACUCCUGAACCAUUCAUGGCUGAACCAACUCGGCCGCUUCUUACAGAUUCAAACUCGCUUCCACCAAGGUCCCUCGACGAGACCAUCGAAAGAUACAUUGGAAGCUUUGGUUGGGCACAGUUUCUCCAAGCCACGUUAGUCUCUUUCUCCGGCGUUUUCGACGCGCAACAAACUUUCAUCUCUGUCUUCACUGAUUUCGAACCCACGUGGCACUGCACCGAGUCAGACUCCUUCUGCCACGACUCCGUCUCCAACAUCUGCAUCCUCCCCAAAACCGCAUGGUCAUGGAAUCUCUCUCCACACGUCUCCGUUAUCUCAGAGUGGAGUCUCCAAUGCGCCGGCUCGUUCGUCAAGGGCUUGCCGGAGAGUUCUUUCUUUGUCGGAUGUUUGAUCGGAGGUUUGGUUCUCUCAACGCUAGCUGAUUCGUCGAUGGGUCGUAAGAACAUGCUGUUUCUAUCUUGUCUCAUCAUGUCGAUAUCAACGAUGCUUACGGUCUUCUCGCCUAAUAUUUGGGUUUACGCUUUUCUUCGGUUCGUUAACGGGGUUGGUCGAGCGACUGUCGGGACGUGUGCUCUAGUUCUCUCGACGGAGCUGGUCGGGAAGAAGUGGCGAGGACGUGUGGGGAUCAUGAGUUUCUUCGGGUUCAUGCUCGGUUUCUUGUCUCUCCCUGCCAUGGCUUAUAUAAACCGAGGGAACUCAUGGAGGAUACUCUAUAUAUGGACCUCGGUUCCGACCAUGGUAUACUGCGUCAUGGUUCGGUUUUUCGUUUGCGAGUCUCCAAGGUGGCUUUUCGUUAGAGGUCGUAGAGAAGAAGCCAUUUCGAUUCUCAAAAGGGUUGCUUCGAGCGAUGUCACCAUGAGUUUACCAUUUGAGGAGCAAGAAAACAUAGAUGAGAAGCCUAGUGUUAACAUCUACGCAGCCAUGAAGGUGUUGGUGGAGAAGAGAUGGGCACUUAAGAGAGUAUCCACGGUGAUGGCGGUUGCGUUUGGGAUCGGUUUGGUCUAUUACGGGAUGCCUCUAGCGUUAUCAAAUCUUGAUUUCAACGUUUAUAUGAGUGCAGCGUUUAACGCUUUGAUGGACUUGCCAGCGAACCUCAUCACGCUUUUCCUUGUCGAUAAACUCAGCAGGAAAAACGCACUCAUCGGGUUUACGGCCUUGGGAGGGAUCUCUAGCGUUCUCAUAUUCGCGUUACAAAAUAUGAGAAUAAAGAACCACGGGGCGUUACAGUUGGUACUAGAGCUAAUGUCUUACUUUUGUGCAUGUUCGGCUUUUAACAUGGAGAUGAUUUACACAAUUGAGUUGUUUCCAACAUGUGUGAGGAACUCGGCCAUCGCAAUGGCUAGGCAGGCAUUGGUGCUUGGUGGUGUUUUCAGUCCUAUUAUGGUAGCAGCUGGUCGGAAAAACGGGGUCUGGUCAUUCGGGUUGUUUGGUCUUGCGAUAGGUUUGCUUGGUUUGUUUACGGUUGGAUUGCCAGAGACUAGAGGGAGUGAUCUAUGCGACACUAUGGACGAGGAAGAAUGCAGAGAUCGGCGGAGUAACAAUGAUAUGGCUAGUAGUGUGAUUGCAUGAUCAGAUGAAGAGUUUUAAAUGCAUGUAAUGUAGAGUUCAUCUCUUACUAUCACUUGAUUGUUGUUUAAUGUAUAAUCAAUCCAACGUUAAGGUUUUUCACUUUUUUCUUAAAUUGUAGGCCUUGCAUUUUUUUUUUCGUUUUUUGUUUUCUAUUUCAUAAAUAGACCUUCAGAGAAUGUUU